AUGCGGCGCUGGACCGCGCUGCUGCUGCCUUUCGCGCUGGUGUGCGCCGCGGCGGCGGCUGCCCGCGCCGGCCGCUCCGAAUGCGGGCUGGAGCUGCGCUCCCGCCGGGCGCGGAGAGACACCCGGCCGCCGCCGCCGCCCCAACAGCAGCCGCCGCCGCCGCCCCACCAACAGCAGCAGCAGCAGCAGCAGCAGCGCGCGCUGCGCUUGCACUACCCCGCCCCGGGCACCUGCGCCACCAGGUUAGCCCGGGGUAGGCGCUCGGCGGCCGGGCAGGAGGCACUGCGGGUCCCCCGGCGGCGGCGGCGGCGAGCGCACGAAGCGGCGGCGGCGGCGGCGGGGGCUCGAAGCGAAGGCGAGAGGCAUGCCCCGAGCAAAGCGCUCUACUUCCGCGGCCAAGGCGAGCAGCUGCGGCUCAAGGCGGGGCUGGAACUACCCCGGGACGCGUUCACCGUCCAAGCGUGGCUGAGGCCCGAGGGAGGCCAGAAGGCGCCGGCUGUCAUCGCAGGACUAUACGACAAAUGUUCUUACACCACACUUGACCGAGGAUGGGUCCUGGGGAUUAACAACGUCAGUGACCAGGGGAAUAGAGACCCCCGCUAUUUUUUUUCGUUGAAGACGGACCGGGCCCGGAAGAUCACCACCAUCACGGAUCAUCGUAGCUACCUCCCGAAUCAAUGGGUCCACCUAGCCAUCACUUAUGAUGGACGCCUGAUGAAGCUCUAUGUGAAUGGUGCCCAGAUGGCGACCAGCAGCGAACAGGUCGGGAGUAUCUUCAGUCCUUUGAUGGCGAAAUGCAAAGUCCUCAUGCUUGGUGGCAAUGCCCUAAACCAGAAUUACCGAGGCUAUGUAGAACAUUUCAGUCUUUGGAGAACAGCCCGGUCUCAGAAGGAGAUCUUGUUGGACAUGGCCCUGGUGUUUCAUGGAGUAGAUACUCCUUUACCUCAGCUUGUUUUUCAGGAGACUUUACAGAAUGUGAAAAGCACCUGGUCCCCCAUGAAAGAUAGCCCAAGUCUUCCUCAGAUUGAGUCCACUUCCCAUCCCGGCUACUUACUGGAUACUAGCCUUGAUCCUCCUCCAUGCGGGCAAACUGUCUGUGAUAACGUAGAGGUCAUCACCAGCUACAACAAACUCCCGAGCUUCCGGCGCAAGAAGGUAGUCCGCUACCGAGUGGUGAACAUCUACGAUGACCACCAUCGGAACCCAACUGUCAGCCGGCAGCAGAUUGAAUUUCAGCACCAGCAGCUGAACGACGCCUUCAGCCCUUACAACAUCUCAUGGGAACUGGAGGUGCUAGAGGUGGAGAACUCCUCUCUUCGACACCGCCUCAUCCUGGCUAACUGCGACAUCAGCAAGAUUGGGGACGAGAACUGCGACCCGGAGUGCAACCAUACCUUGACUGGGUACGAUGGAGGAGACUGCCGGCACUUGCGCUAUUCCCCAUCCAGCAAGAAGCAGAACGGUGUGUGCAACAUGGAUUGUAACUAUGAGAAAUACAACUUUGAUGGUGGGAAUUGCUGUAACCCAGAGAUCACGGAUGUCACCAAGACGUGCUUCGAUCCGGACUCUCCUCACAGAGCGUACUUAGAUGUCAAAGAACUUAAAAGUCGGCUCCAACUGGACGGCUCUACACAUCUCAACAUCUUCUUUGCUAACUCCUCUGAAGAAGAGCUGGCUGGCAUGGCCACGUUUCCGUGGGACAAAGAAGCGCUGGUACACUUGGGGGGGAUCGUGCUCAAUCCUUCCUUCUACGGCAUCGCGGGCCACACCCACACCAUGAUCCACGAAGUCGGGCACAGUCUUGGCCUUUACCACGUCUUCAAAGGAAUCUCCGAGAUCUUCUCCUGCAGCGACUCGUGCAUGGAAACGGAGCCUUCCUUUGAGACGGGCGACCUGUGCCAUGACACCAACCCAACUCCGACACACAAGGUCUGCGGCGACCCAGCCCCCGGCAGUGAGAUGUGUGGGUUCCAUAGCUUCCAGAACACCCCGUUCAACAACUUUAUGAGCUAUUCAGAUGAUGACUGCACCAACUCCUUCACGCCCAACCAGGUGGCCAGAAUGCACUGCUACUUAGACCUGGUGUACCAGAGCUGGCAACCUGCCAAGAGGCCUGCCCCCAUUGCUAUCAUGCCGCAGACUGUGGACCGGACGGAAACCUCGGUCACCUUGGAGUGGUUUCCACCCAUCGACCGGCACUUCUUUGAAAGAGAAGUGGGAUCCGCGUGUGAUCUCUGCAUGGAAGGCCGAAUCCUCGUGCAAUAUGCCUUCAGCGCCUCCUCGCCGAUGCCGUGUGACCCAUCGGGGCACUGGAGUCCUCGAGGAGCAGAAGGUCACCCCGAUGUGGAACAGCCAUGUAAACCUGAUGUCAGAACUUGGAGCCCCAAUUCGGUCGUCAUCAAGCAGACAGUCCCGCCGGCCUGCCCUGAACCCCAGGGCUGCUAUCUGGAGCUAGAGUUUCAGUACCCUGUGAUUCCAGAGUCUCUAACCAUCUGGGUGACCUAUGUAUCCCCUGAAUGGGAUUCCAAGGAAGCAAUAAACGACAUCAAGCUCUUGAUGGUCAAUGGGCAAAACAUCUCCCUUGGGCCUCAGAACUUCUUCUGUGACAUCCCCAUGACCAUUAGGAUGGACCCUAAAAAGGCGAACAAGGAAAUCUACGGCCUCCAAAUUUACACCUUGGACGAGUUCCUGGAGAUCGAUGCUGCCAUGAUAAGUUCGGUCCCAGAGAGCGGACAAUGUGCCAACUGCCGUCCCAUCCAGUACAAAGUAACCCGCGACCCUCCCUUUCAGAAGGGCUCUUCAUUCACCAUCUCGGACCUCAGCCGGAAAUUCGUGGACACCGAGAUCAGAGCUGGGAGCUUAUAUACCUACUGGGUUUCCGUCAUUUCUGGCAUGGAAGAGAGCGAAGAGUCUCCUCCACUCGCGUAUGUCCACGGAAGUGGCUACUGUGGCGAUGGGAUGAUCCAGAAAGACCUUGGGGAAGAGUGUGAUGACACGAACAAGGUCAACGGAGAUGGCUGUUCCCUCUUUUGCCGGCAAGAGUUAUCCUUCAAUUGCAUCGGUGAGCCGAGCAGGUGCUACUUCCAUGUAGGCGAUGGCGUCUGUGAAGAGUUUGAGCAGGCCACCAGCAUCAUAGACUGUGGGGUCUACACGCCCAAAGGCUUCCUGGACCAAUGGGCUUCGAACGUGUCAGUCUCGCAUCACGAUGAGCGGUGCCCCGGACAGGUGGUGAUUGGUCAACCAGCAGCACAUCAAGCGUGCCGAACCAAGGUGCAUGAAUUCAGUGGCGAAAUGGCGCAGUACGCGUGGUAUCCCUGCACCGCCAACAACACCCAUAAUGUUUUCUGGCUUAAGGCUUUCUUCUCACACCCAAUGGUGGCUGCAGCCGUGAUUAUCCACUUGGUCACAGAUGGAACAUGGUCACAGAUGGAACUUGAUCAGAAGCAAGAGGCGAUUUUUGUGCAACUCGUUGACACUGAAAACCAAACUCAUGACCUUGGGAGCCAUGGCUUGAGCUGCAGGAACAAUCCCUUGGUUAUCCCUGUCCUUCAUGACCUCAGCCAACAUUUCUACCACACCCAAGCGGUCCUCAUCACCUUCAGCUCACAUUACGUGGCCAUCUCUGGGGUGGCCUUACGCUCCUUCCAGAACUUUGACCCCAUCACCAUCAGCAGCUGCCAGAGCGGACAGACCUAUAGCCCGGCUGAACAGAGCUGUGUGCGCUACUCUUGCAAAUCCACUGAUUGCCGAGACCUGGAGAUCGAGAAUGCUGUGCUGACCUUCCCCAGCGGGGGGCGCUAUAAUGGUGCCCAGUGCAACGUCACCUGCAAGACAGGGCACACCCUCCAGAUGGCCAGAGAUGACAAGCCCGCCAAAAGCCAGUUGGAGGUCAGCACCACCAUGACAUGUGUGGACGGGAAAUGGAACAAGCAGGUUUCUUGCGAGCCCAUCGAUUGCGGGUUCCCAGACGAAUACCACGUCCAUCCAGCCACCUUCCGCUGCAACGAGGGCACCACUUUUGGCAAACGAUGCUCCUUCACCUGCAAACCUCCCGCCCAGCUGAAAGGGAGCAACAGUAACCUGACGUGUCUGGAGGACGGGCUGUGGUCCUUCCCCGAGGCCCUCUGUGAAUUAAUGUGCCGGGCUCCGCCUCUCAUCCCCAACGCAGACCUCCAAACUGCCCGCUGCCGCGAAGACAAACAGAAAGUGGGGUCGUUUUGCAAGUACAAAUGCAGGCCGGGUUACUACAUCCUGGGAUCCUCUCGAAAGACGAGGAAGAGAGCCUUUAAGAUCCAGUGUGCAAAAGAUGGAACUUGGCUUGAAGGUGCCUGCAUCCCUGUAACCUGUGAACCUCCACCCUCCAAGUUCCACGGUCUCUACCAAUGUACCAAUGGCUUCCAGUUCAACAGCGAGUGCAGGAUCAAUUGUGAAGAGGAUGACGGCCAAUCAGCUCGUGGGAACAACGUGAUUCACUGCCGGAAGGAUGGCACCUGGAGCGGCUCGUUUCACCUCUGCAGAGGGAUGCAAGGGCAUUGCUCGCACCCCAACCAGCUCAGCAGCGCUCUAAAACUGCAGUGUCCGGACGGAUAUGGCAUAGGAGCGGAGUGUUCCAUCUUGUGCCUAGACCACCAUGGCGAGCCCAUCCUGUUGCGAGCCAAUGAAACAUCAGACAACAUUCAGCACUGGAUGAAACCUCCAAGGGUGAAGAACGUCGUCUGCACAGGUGAACUCAAGUGGUAUCCACAUCCUGCACUGAUCCACUGCAUCAAGGGUUGUGAGCCUUUCAUGGGAGACAACUACUGUGAUGCCAGCAACAACCGAGCUUUUUGCAACUAUGACGGCGGGGACUGUUGUGUCUCAACAGUGAAGACUAAAAAGAUCAUCCCUUUCCCAAUGUCCUGCGACCUUCAGGGUGAGUGCGCUUGUCUGGACCCGGACGCCCAAGAGCACAACCCGCGAGAUCACCGUGGCCUCAGCUUUGGAUAGCGCCAAGCCCCCAAAAAUGGAAGAGAGAGACACCAUCAAAGGCAGGCCAGGCGAGACAUCAUCACAUCCCCCCUCCUUUUUCUUGGUAUUGUUUUAAACAAUUUCAGCUGCUCAAUUCAAUGGCGUUUCUGCACCAGGGACCUUUAGAAUUCAACCAGUCUGCCUUUAAUUUCUUUGCCCGAGGAGUACUGAAAUAUUUGGGGGGGGGGGGGGCGUUGCGCGCGCACGGGAAGAGGCGGAAGAAAGGGGAGGUUAUUAUAUUAAACAUAUCUUACUAGCAGAGAACAAGCAAAACAGCAAACAGCAAAACAGUUGAGUCAACUAAGACUUUUUUUUAGAGAGAAGAAGCCUGCAACACGCGGGUCCUACGUCCACCUUGUUCGAACAACGUGUGGUUCAGUUUCAGAUUUGUACAUCCUUCGGUUACGUUUUGCUUCUUUUUUUUUUUGUAUCCAGAUCAAGGCAAGAAACAAGCCAUAUAUAUAAAUAUAUACCUAAUAUUUAUAGAGAGAAGAGAGGGAGAGGGAGAGAGACAGAGAAAGAGAGAGAAAAGCGCACUGCAGCAAUAGAAAGCAGUUCAUCGUCUUUGGCGUCUCGGACGUUCCCAGCACCCCCAAAACCUCUCGCGGAAGAGACAAGCCUGCUUAGCUAGGCCAGGUUUCCCCUGGUGCACCGAAAUGUGGGGAAGGCGUAGGUUUACCACAGGCUCUCAGCGAGCGAUGUGAAGGGGGUGGGUAGAGAAGCAAAUUUGUCCGUUGGCUUCACUUCCACGAGGGAUGACGUGGGAUGCACACACCCCUGUGGCAACGGGCUGAUAGCCAGAGAGGCCGACGCUGCUAAGCUGGGGCGAAGGAACAGAGGCACACUGCACCACCGCGAGGAACAGAGAAGAAGAAAGUCAACCAAACCUCCGUCCUGCUGCUGCUACUCCUGCUGCUGCUAUGUCCCAUACAACCGAUUCCCUUACUGUGUCAGGAACAGGGUGCCGUUCAACCUCCAAGCAACCAAACAGUCUGCCUUAAGUUGCUUUAUCUACUGCCUGCCUUCCAAACCUCCUUGGGUUUUGUCCUCCUCAGCACAGCG